CUCUUGUUCAUCCACACCGACAACUCCACCUUCAUCGCCGUCAUUCAUCUCUGUAGUCCCCUUUUCCCGUCCUUCCCUGCUGAUUCCACAACGUAACCCCAAUCCCAUAGGGCUUAAUCGUCGACAUCCUUCUCCCGUUCAGUCGUAUAGACCUUCAUGUGUUGACCUCGCUACGACUCGAGGUGUACCAUAAGAACUCAUAUGUUGGUCUCCCCCCGCCAUUUCCCCGCCCUUCCCCACUUUCGAUCGCACUCCUUCCCUCAUUCCCACUUUCUUCAUUCAACACUAAACACGCUAAUUCAUUAUACUCAUAAUAGCCCUUCUCGCCAUAUACCCUUGACCCCCAGUUGAAUCUCUUCUUCCGCAAUCUUUCAUCGCACACACCUCCAUUCUCUUCCUCCCCUCCUAAAUUCUUUCCUUACAUCGUUCGCAUCGUCGCUUUACCAAUGACUCGCCAGGAGCCUGAGGGUGAAUCGAAGGUGUCGAGAUCCUACAGUCUUGCCUCGGCACCGCUUCGACUGCUCUCUCAUUCCUUUCACUCCACCGCCAAUACCCACAACACCAACAACAGCCAUGGCUCCUCGUCAGCUCUCGCUCAGCUGCCAAUCGACCAUCUUAAUACGCCUGAUGCCUUGUUAAAGGAAGGCAGCAUUGUUGACCUCUCUAUCAGCACUGUCACCCCUGACUCUCAUGCCCAUCUCGAAUCCCACAACCACCACCAUCUUAGACAGGAAAUCCGGCAGACCGUCUCAGACAAUCCUGUGCCCUAUUCCACGCUUCGCCGCCAAAACGACCAGAAAUCAAAUUUUACUCAGGCACGACCGCAGCAGCGGGCUCCGCAGGACUAUUGCGAAGAUGCAUUGUCCCAAGCAACAGCAGCGGAUGCCCAUACUGCCAGCGUGGAGCACGAGUCCAUUUCAGUUAUUGGAUCCCAGAAGAAGGUCGUCAAGCUGGACACACAUAGCGAUGUGUCUGCGGUGCAAGCGCAAUCCCAUGCCGUCCAUCAAGACAUGGAGGCCAAAGCCAGGCUCGAGAAUUUAUUGAUGCCCUACGACAUUCGAUACUCGAUCUUUGGCCAUCUGUCACUUCAGGACAUUUACCAUUGUCAAUUGGCAUGCAAGCUACUCUACUGGGCAACUUCGGAUCAAUUGAUCUGGAAGCGAAUCGCACUGAAACUCAUCCAGGGCGAGUUCUACUUUGACAUCCCACGAGCACUCCCAGCCAAUAUUCCCAAUUGGAAGUUCUUUUGCAAGCGACAUCUGCUGCGGCAAAAGAACUGGCGACGUGGUCAAGUCCAAGACGUGAUCUCGCUUGAUGAUAACUAUCAAAAGUUGACCACGCUCCAGAUCAUGGCGCCCUAUGUCCUGACUGGCUCUGACGAUGGCCGCAUCCAUUUGUGGAACAUCAACACAAGGACACUGCUCCAUCGAUUCCAGAUCCACGGUGAGAUCACCUGGGUCGAGCAUCUACAGGAGCAGAAGAUCGUCGCUGGUUUAGGGUACAAUAUUGACAAGAUGGAGUCCGAGAUCCGCCUGUUCUCAACCGAGACUGGGGAGGAGAUUGGAUUCUAUAAAGAGGACUUUUGGGACCUGGCUAUAUGUGCCAUCAAUGGGACGUAUCUGGUGGCGUCUGAUGGUGAGGGCCGAUAUACCACCUGGAACUGGAAAACAGGCGCCAAAGUGAGCCAUUUCAAAGUGAAAGAUGAGUCAUCAAUCACCGAGGCUCUGUAUCUAGUGCAGAACACGAUCCUCGAACUGCACUACGAUGGCAUGAUCCGACUGUUCUCGAUCCAUGGUGAAUGCUACGGCCGCUUCACACUCGACAACAUCCUGCCGAACCACCAAGUAUCAUUCUGCUGGUUUCAUAAUGAUUUCUCAAUGGUAGUCUGGGAGUCGAGCAACACAAUGGCCCAUAUCCGUCUACCGCUCCUCCUGCAGGACGAAUCCUCCAAGGGUCUCCAGAACAACCGACUUGACCGCUCCAUCUCUCAGGAGGAGUGGGAUGCCCAGGGUGCUGAGGUCUAUUGGAGACAUCAACUUGAGCACACAUGUAACUUUGCGGCCAUGGGUGGCGGACGGUUCCAGCUGCUCUAUGUCCAGAUCUUUGAGAACUUGAUGGAUCAUGUGCCAAUCCGUGUUCAUUCUUUGAGGCACAGUGGAAGACCCCAGGGUGCUGGCGCCGAUGCAGACUCAGAUUCUGUGAUAGAAGGUGGGGAGGAGGGUUAUGGUUGGCAGCAUGGCGAGUAUGUCACAGCACACAGCCUGAAUCCUGAACUGGAGAAGAUUAUUCAAGGUCUUCGUCCUUCGCGUAUCGACUGCGACCCCGAGUACAUUGCCGUCGGUCUGGUCCAAGGUGGUGUACGCCUGCUGCAGUUCGCGCCAGUGGACGAAGAACUCCUGAAGCAGACAUCUGCUUUGGCAGAAGAUUCGACCAUGGGUGGCAAGGGGGAUUAGGCAAUGGAAGGAUGGAUUUAUGGGACGAAUAUCUGUACCAUAGCAACAAACCCCCCCCCCUCCCCCAGUUAAAAAAUGCAUGCUUUUCAAAGACGGGGUUGCUUUAUUUCAAAUGUGGGUGAUAAAUACGAAAUGUAAAGGGUUCCGAGGUGAAGCUGGCUCAUCAGUUCCGGACUGAAUGACCAAAAAGAAAAAAUAAAGAAGAAAAGAAAAUAAAGAAAAGA